AUGCUCGGCACUCCGUCCCGCAACCUGUGGUUGAACUACGGCGUUCCGCACCAAUCCCUCGUGACCAGUUUCCCAGUCGACUUACCACCGCAGUUAACCUCCGGCCCGGGAGAACUGGUAGUCCGAUCCUUGGUCUCUGAUGGAUGUUACCUUUACGUGUAUACGUCCAAGGGAUUAUUGAAAAUCGGCUCCGGAUACGGUAGCUCGAUAAAGCAACACGUGUACAUGCAUAAGCCGGAUUUCUUCGCCAGCGACCGCCACGGGUGGUUAGGAUAUUGUAAGGACAAUAUAACGAUAAAAAUGUACGAUGUGGAUUCGCCGAAAGAGCGGGUGGAAAUGAAUAACUCCGUCACGCUAACUUCUCACAAAUACUUGAACGUGCAUUUACUGAGGCGACGAACGCUUGUACUCGGUCGAGCACCCUUUGAUGACAAUUUGUCGAGGCGAGCGGUGGAAUCUGAUGCGCCUGUGGCUAUGCAACUUGAAGACAAUGAGGAAGAUCCGCUUUCGAGUAUGCACGCGGUGAUGGUUCUAGACAACGGUUCAGCGCUAUUCACUGGCGUCGCUCGGCGCGGCGAAGACGGCGAUACCAUUACUAGACAAGGCUUGUUACUCAUGUUUGGAAAGGAUUCACAACACUGCGACUCCAAUGGAAUUGUCCAGGGGUUGAGGCAUGAAAGAGUAAUACAGGUUGCUUUAGGCAAAGCGCACACGGUCGUUCUCACGAAUUUUGGACAAGUUUACACUUUCGGCAUAAAUAAUAAAGGACAGUGUGGUAGGGAGUUUGGAUACACAAAAGAAACCGAGAUGCUCACGUUCGGAUCGAACCAGUACGGGCAGCUGGGGGCGGUGAUGUUUCCCCACACCAUCGCAUCAUACGAGUGCUGGUGCGGCGUGACAUUACAUUACCUGUUGACAUGUAAAGGUUCUCUCGGGAGGCCUCGUAUUGACGAGCCGUCUCGCAACGAACGCAGCCCCGUAUGGUAUGCGACGCCUGGCCGAGUGCCUCGCUUGGGGCCAAGAUAUUCGUGCAAGGCAGUGUGGGUUACCGCCUCCGGAGACCAGACCUUUAUGCAGCUCUCACAGUCCCUCAUUAAGACCGACACGCUCUUCAGUGCCACCGUCACCGCCAACGGCAACUCUAUAGACCAGACCGUCGUGCAGCUCUCGCAGGCCCUCAUCAAGACCGACUCGCUGUUCAGUGCCACCGUCACCGCCAUCGGCAACUCUAUAGUCAUACUACCGAAUAGACCAGAGCACACAUUCAAAUGCAUCACUAUAAAUAAAGCGGACGGUACUUGCAACGCUUGGUCUGGUUCCGAACAAGUGGAUUUCGUCAACACUCUCGCCUGCUUAGACCCCUUGUACGACGUUCUAUGGUGCUACCAACCUCAAAUGAGAGUGAUGAAAUGCUACAACAUACUAGCUUUCGACUCCCACAAACAACACAGAUGCUGCAACAACGAACCAGAAUCGUUCCCCUCCGACAAGGACUUCGAAUACCCCAACUACGGUUCUAUGAAACGACUAGACGAAUUCAAGAAUCUUCAAGUGUUAGAAACGACAAUUUUGUACGACGACAAACCGCCGGAGAACGUGGCGUUAUCUAACAUGUCGGUUUUGAACCAAGAGUUGGCGAUUCCGUCUACACCUGGGUGUACUGUCACUAGAAUGCAUGCGGCCUUACAUUUGUUAGGCUGCUUGGACUCGCUCACUUACGCUCACGACACUAAGCUGAAUCAAGUCGAAUGUAAAAGGGAAAGUGCUUCGUCACCAGUACCACCUGUGAAAGAGGAUUAUCUUACAGUGAACCGAUUCGAGAAUCACGGGGGCGGUUGGGGAUAUUCCGGCCACUCUGUGGAGGCGAUACGCUUCAUGUGCGAUACGGACAUUUUGUUAGGGGGCGACCAAGAGGGCGACGGGGAAUUAAUGGCUGAAAGCGAGGAGGUUAUGUUCGAGUGCGCGCCGAGGGAUCGAUUCCCGAUACUGUUUGAAGCGCCCCUACCGCUAGUUGCAAACAGGUGGUACGUCGCGUGGGCAUGUAUAAACGGCCCUUCUUCGGACUGUGGGUCGUCCGGCCAGGCCAUGGUUAUCAACGAUGACAUCGGAUUCCAUUUCAAGACCUCCAAGAAGUCCAAUAACGGCACCGACGUCAAUGCGGGACAAAUACCUUGCCUCUUAUAUAAUCUCAUGAACCCCGACCAUAGCAUCCCCAUCAAACGCAUCGAACCAGGAGACCCUGUCAUAGUACUAUCCAAGAACAUAUCCAGAAUGAACAAUAAGAAGAGGAACUCGCACGAAUACAUGUCGUACUUCGAAGCUAUUGCGGACAUACGAAAUCUGAUCCAACUGAUAAUGGCCGAUAAGACGCCCUCCUGUAACAUGCUUCCUCGGAGAGGCAAGAAUAAAACGCACAGGGUGUGUUAUGUGCAGUUUGCUUUGGAGAUGACAAAUGCUAUAUUGAAAGAAGCUCACAACACGAUAACGGCGUGUUUCCACGCAUUCUUUCCGACGCCAUCGCUCAAGUGGAACCAUCUGUGCUCUUUGUUGUUUCACGUGAAAGAUGGGGUCGUGCCAGCGUCUCAAGUCAGGGAACUGACGUCGACUUGUGCUGCUAUGUGCGCAUCGCGAAGUCUUCGCGAUGUAUUGCAAUUCAUUGUGCCGGUCACACAAAGCGCUAUGAAUGAGUAUAAGAAACCGGAAAGCAAAAUAACCAAGGAAGUUCCUUCAAAAUCGGCGACAGUGCCGCGAUCCUCAAACAAGCCUCCACCAAUACCACCUAGAUCGAAUAACAAAGAAGCACAAAAGCAGCCAGAUCCUACGGAAACAAAGUCUAGUCACACGGAAUGGCAUUUGCUUGAUGUGAUACCCAAACUGCUGGAUGUGGUGACGAUUCCCAUCAAGAAGCAGAUGAUGACGCGUCAGUGUGGCCAACCUCAUGAUCACGGCGAAAUCAAACAGGCCGAACGAUUGGCAGAAUACUGCUGCAAAUUGGUCUCUAGGAUAGUAGCGGAGCUCACUUAUAGCGCGACAAAUGUAAGGGAUUUAGAUACGAACUUGGUGAAACAUCAAAUCACGCCGUCUCGGUUUAUGCGUGUGAAUCAAUCCCGGGCAUGGCACACUGGUAACGGCAGUCCAGACGCCGUCUGCUUUACUGUGGACAGACCUGGAGUGAUGUUAGUGGGCGUCUGUGCUUACGGCGGCUUGGGUCAUUAUGAAUACACUUUGGAACUGCUGCAGGACUUACGGUUACGAGCUACAGCCGAAGAGACUGACCCUGGUCAUUGUUGGGUGAGCGUCGAAGUGACACAGGGAACUUUUUGUACCGCCGAUUGCCAACAUGACAUGGUGCAGCUAAAAUUCGAACGGCCGGUCGCAUUAAAGGAGGAUCUUCGUUACGCUAUUCGCCUAUGUAAUCACGGUGGUCGGACGGCGAAUGGGGACUGCGGCCUUCCGUCAGUGAAAGGCCCUGAUGGAACUACCUUCCGGUUCGCUUCCUGCUCACUGAGCAUCAACGGAACUUCAAUGGCCAGGGGGCAAAUACCCUGUUUUAUUUACUACGGGUCAACGUUGCCUCAGAACUCAUCAGAAAGCGCUGAUACCUUGAUAACAGAAUUACGUGGGAUCACACUGCGUGUUGGAUCAAUGGUGGUAGACCGAUGUGCCGAGUUAUUCUGCACGUUAAGAAACGAACUGACCACCGAGGACUUGAGAAGGAACGCAGCGGUACUUCAACAAUCUGCUUGCGUCAGUGCAUUGGUGCCUUACACUAUCGCACAUCUGGUGUUGUUUCCGCCGAACGUGGCAUGGGUGGUGAUAGAAAUGGACCGGCGCUGCAUCACCGCCCAGCCCGAAGACACGCUGACAGUUUACGCGUCCGUGGGCCCGCCGCGGCGACGCUGCCACUGCGCCAACGAGGCCCGCCUCAUGGACCCGCCCUUCCGCAAGGUAUACAAGGUAGCGGGCUCGUUCACUCGUCCCACACACUCAUCACUGGGCCCGGGACACGCUGUCAGUGUAGGCGUCAGUGGGCCUGCCGCGGCGACGCUGCCACUGCGCCAACGAGGCCCGCCUCAUGGACCCGCCCUUCCGCAAGGUAUACAAAGUAGCGGGCUCGUCCACUCGUCCCACACUCCCAGCACUCGGCCCACGGCCAUGCUGUCAGUUUACGCGUCCGUGGUCCCGCCGCGGCGAUGCUGCCACUGCGCCAACGAGGCCCGCCUCAUAGACCCGCCCUUCCGCAAGGUAUACAAGGUAGCGGGCUCGUCCACUCAUCCCACACACCCAGCACUCGGCCCGGGACAUGCUGUCAGUCUACGCGUCCGUGGGCCCGCCGCGGCGACGCUGCCACUGCGCCAACGAGGCCCGCCUCAUGGACCCGCCCUUCCGCAAGUGUACGCGUCCGUGGUCCCGCCGCGACGACGCUGCCACUGCGCCAACGAGGCCCGCCUCAUGGACCCGCCCUUCCGCAAGGUAUACAAGGUAGCGGGCUCGUCCACUCGUCCCACACACCCAGCACUCGGCCCGGGACAUGCUGUCAGUGUACGCGUCCGUGGGCCCGCCGCGGCGACGCUGCCACUGCGCCAACGAGGCCCGCCUCAUGGACCCGCCCGUCCGCAAGGUAUACAAGGUAGCGGGCUCGUUCUCUCGUCCCACACACCCGGGUACUUGUCCUUCAACAAUAUCUUCAACGAUCGCCUAGUACAAUUGUCAUCGGAGUCCGGUGAAGCGGAAGAGUUGUGCGACGACGAAUCUGACACGGCGUGCAUGCACUACAACUGUACCUACUUCAGCGUUACGCCUAAGUUAUCCAACAAGUAA